UCAGAUAGUUGUUGUGCAGUGACGCGUGUGGUUGUACCGGAAGUUGCGUUCGAAAACGUUUAAAAAAUAUUUCUUUUUAUUUACAUAAUUCAGAGCAUUGUAUUGUUAUGAUUAAAUAAAUAAUAUUUGAUAUUAUUUAGGGUUUUAUAAGUGUUGUUAGAUAUAUAAAAGUGACAAAAUGGCGAUCUCUUUAAUGAGAUGUGGACUGCGUUCAGCCGCAUUCAACUUUGAAAGAGCCGCUUCUGUGCUUUCAAGUACCAGUGCUCAAACUCAGAUGAAGCUGAUUCACACGAAGGUGACCUGCAACGGCAAAGUGUGCUAUAUCCAGCGCCAAGAGCCGCGUGAGCUGGACCUCGUGGAGCAGGCACUAGCGUUGAGGAGGAACUACAGCAAACAGCACGGCAGGCCCGAGGAGAACCGCAGGAAAAAGGAAGCCGACAGCGAUAGUGACUCCGAUUCUGACACCGAGUGCAAAGGAUUUGAUCGGUCAGAGUUCUGGCGUCGGAAAAUGCGUACAGUGCACAACAUCCUUGACGUCGACAAGGAUGGCUUGAUCUCGUUCAACGAUUUCCUGCUCCUGUCCGAACGGUUCAAGGCGCUGGGACAUCUGGACGACGAGCAGGCUAAAGAGUUUACUGCUAUUAUUAAGUUGACCUGGGAAGAGCAAUGGGGUGCCAUAGACCCCUACAACUUUGUCACAGUGGAGCAGUAUUUGGAAGAUAUGCAUCACGUGCUCAAUGACAAGACAUUGAAAAAGAAAGCCCACCGGUGGUUGCCGUAUUUAUUUAAGGCGGUAGACAAAGACAAGUCCGGCUUCAUCUCUGUGAACGAGUUCAAGUUGUUCUUCCAGUGUCUCGGACUCAGCAACGAGCACGCUGCUGUCGCCUUUGCGGUCAUCGACACUAAUGGGGAUGGCAAAGUAUCGCUCAAAGAAUUUGUGAAACUUGGCAAAGACUUUUUCACAUCAGAAGACGAGACACGAGUUUCUAAAAUGUUUUGGGGACCAUUAACUGAAGUCUGAUUAAUAUAAAAAUUACAUUAUAACUUGUAUACCUACUUUAGGUUAUUUACUUAUAUUUUAGAUAUGCUAGUUUCCUAAGGGCUUAAAAUGUCGUUUUUCUGUAUUAAAAGUUAGGUAAUUAUUGUGUAAUUUAAAAAGUCGUUUAAAAGAUCAUUGACGAUUGAAAAAUUGUUUAAUGAUUACGGCUAGGACUCGAUUUUUGCGGUGUGCUUAGACGCUGAUUGUUUUUGUAGUAACGAAAUCAAGAAUUAUUAAAAAUUGUACGGUCGUAAGAGAUACUAAAUGACUUGGGAUAACAUUCCUAAAUUAUACUUAAGUUUUUAUUGAGUAAGAUUUUAAAUGACUAAUAUCGCAAUCGAAAUUAAGCGCAAUUUAAAGGGAUUUUAAUUUUUGUCUACUAUAAAUGGUCUUUUUGAUUUUAAAAAUUCUAUCAACAUUAGAAAGCCAAAUUUUCACUGAGUAACAUAGGCUAUAUCAUUCCCGUAUUCUUAACGUGAAAACACGUUGCGUCCGUUAGAAUAUAUUAUGUCGUUUUGUCUUGUCACUAGAGCGACACUAGUGCGAACUAAAAUAGUCCUGGAACUAUUAGCCCCCCUUCGCAUGAGAGUUUUUUUAACUGACGACGUUAAAAAAGCGUCCAAAUACAACAAAAUAUGCAUUCCCAAUAUGUUCACACGUCAGCGUUUUUAAAACACGACGCUUUUUUUGAGCAGUGUUGCAUAUUCAGUUUUGGGCGUUGGAAAUAACCCUUCAUUUAACUUCAUACUAAAGACUCUCCUGUGAAUGAGGGUUAAUAGUUCCAGGACAAUUUUAGUUUGCACUAGUGUCGCUAUAGUGUCGAGACAAAAAGGCAUAAUUUCAUUGUUAUUCGAGUGGUUGACCUAAAAUUACGUCUUAUAAUUAGGUAUAUUAUAAUUAAGUGCUCAUUUACUCAUAAAAUAAGUUAGUGCCGUAGAAAUACGGAAGUCAUUGUAUGUGUUCAGAUAAAAUGUAAAAAAGCACAAAAAUAAUAUAAAAAACCUGAGAUGGAUCUCAAUAAAAUGACGCCAGUAAAUAA